CAAACUUAGAAACGACAUCUUUUGUCCUUUUCAGGUUAUAAAAAAAAUGUUUGGCCUCUUGUUAUUAUGCUAAUAUUUCCUUCAUCAUCUUAUAUUUCCUCUCAUCUUCCAUGGCUUCGAAAUUCUCUAAAAUUCUCACUAUAGUUAUCUGGCUCUCAUUCUUCUUUCUCCUCAUCCACCAUUUGUAUUCCUUCAACCUCCACCAUCUUUACUCUCUAAAUGCGGAUGAGCCGUCGAUGAAGAAGCACCACGAUCACCAUCUCUACACCAUUGGAUUAGUCAGCAGAAAAGCUCUCUCCCAUAGAUUUGACUUCACUACUUUCCAACCCCGAGAGCACAACCACCGUCAUCGUCCUUCCGGCGAGAAAGACGACGGCGAUGAGAUCGAUCCUCGUUACGGAGUGGAGAAACGCCGAGUUCCCUCGGGACCCAAUCCGUUACACCAUUGAUGAAUGACGAUUACACUUACACGUGCUAUAUUUGAAUGGUAACAUUCAAACCAGAGCCUGAUCAUACUUUACCUAGCAUUUUGUCUGAAAGGGAGAUAUUAAAGAUUAGAGUUUCUUUUCUUUAAUCGUUUUUAUAGUUUUGAUCUUGAUACAAUUUUUUUUAUCAUAUAGUACACAAGGAUAUUUUAGCUUUAUUUUGACGAUUAUAUGUGUAAAUAUGUUGGUUUACGCAAGAAAUAAUUAACAUCUCUUGAUUAUUGUGGUUGACAAGAAAAAAAAAAGAUUAUUGUUUUGGUUUGUUAUUUAUUGUUAAGUUAUGCAACUGUUAUGUAUAAAAAUCUGAAGAAAAAU